UCAGAGCCGAGGUGGGCGGGACACCCAUUGUUACUACAGGUCCUGGGAGAAGUUUGCAGCCGACCUGCUGCCGCUGCACCGAUGAGCCUGCACGUAAAUGAAUAGCCCCGGCUCGACGCGCCACAAGACGAGCAGAUUAUGCCGAGAUAAGGAGCCUUAUGACCCGCGCUCCCUCCGAUAAUGGCAUGCGAUGACGCUUCACCCGCGGAGGACUUCCCGGACACGGUGAUGCCCAGGGGGGCUCCCUGCAUGUGCGGCAAGAAGUGCAGGGGUCGGAGCGGCAGCGCUGUCUUCCUGGGAUUAUUCCUGCUGUCGCUCACUCUUCACGCAGUCACCCUGGUCUGCUAUUUGGACCUGCGCUCCGAGGUGAAAAGGGAAAUUACCCACCAGAAGCGGGACUCUAAGGUGACACCCGCCGGGGCUGACCUGGCCGACCCGGCGGGGGUCCUGCCGCCCGGCCACCCGCGAGUGGGCAGCAGCAGCCGCAGCAGCAGCAGAGAAGAGGAUGGAGAGGAGAGGUCGCUCCACAGAAACGACGACUUUAGCGGCACAAAAGACAGCAGAGGGAGAACCCGGCGGGCAAAAAGGAGUCCAGACACAGAAUCUAAUGGAAGGGAGAAGAGGAAAGACAAGAAAAAAGGGAGGAAAAGGCCUGUGCCAGGACCUCCUGGUCCCCCAGGUCCCCCGGGGCCACAGGGCCCGCCGGGCAUCCCAGGGAUCCCCGGUAUUCCAGGGAGCAACGUUGUGGGGCCUGCAGGACCUCCCGGGCCCCCUGGGCCACAGGGACCGCCAGGCGCUCAAGGUCCGGCAGGGGUUCCUGAUAAGUCAAAGAAAUUCCAGCCGGCAGUGGUUCACUUACAAGGACAAGAAACAACGAUCCAAGUGAGGGAAGAUCUGUCUCAAGGCGUCCUCAGGAACUGGAAGAUGGUGUCCAUCAAUAAAGACGUGUUCCGGAUGAACCCUCGCACCGGAGAGCUGGUGGUGCUGCUGGACGGUGUCUACUUCAUAUAUAGUCAGGUAGAAGUGUACUACCUCAACUUCACGGACAUCGCCAGCUAUGACGUGAUGGUGGACUCCAGCCCGUUCCUACGCUGCACGUGCAGCAUCGAGACGGGCCAGCGUAAGUUCAACACCUGCUACACAGCCGGCGUGAGCCUGCUGCGCUCGGGCCAGAAGAUCUCCAUACGCAUAGCCCACGAGUACACGCUCAUAAACAUGACCAACCACACCACCUUCCUGGGCAGCGUCAGGCUCGGAGAGGCUCCAUCUGCUGGACAGAACGGUUAACCGCGCCCGCCGUACGCCGUCCUUCCACCCUGCCCCCCGAUGCGGGAUUGCCGGGUUCACUUCAAGGCCAAUGUGUAGAGGACACUCGGGGAGCCUUGGUGACUUUUGGUCACUUUCAAACGUCUGCUUUAAAAUGGACUCCAAAGACUUUGAUGCUUCCCUUCCAGGUGGUUCUGUGCAGAGAGAUAAGCCGUUUGGAACCAAAUAUCCUCAUCAAAGACAAGUUUCUAUUUAUAGUCAGCCUCUAUGUGCAGCAUCUCUCUUUAUAGCAAGGAAGGACACUGUGCUGACAGGUACUUAGUAAUUACAUACUUUUAAGUGCUGUUGAAUGAUGACAAAAAACACCAGUAACAGUGCCCUGCAAAUAAAAAUAUUCAGGAUUCAAGGCCCUUUAAACCUUUUCACAUUUUUAUUGUUUUACAACCACAAGCAUCAAUAUAUUUUGUUAUGAUUUUACCAUUAGACCAACACAAAGCAUUUCAUAAUUCUGAAGGGGAAGGAAAAUGAUUCACAUUUUAUUUAUUUUUUUUUACAUUUUUACAAAUGAAAAGCCUUGCACACCUAAGAGUUUAAGCACACAGCAUGAUGCUGCCAAUAGCGUGUUUUACCAUCAGGAUGGUACAGUAUGCUAGGUUGCUAGUUUACUGCCAUGGCUAGUGCUUCAGAUAUGGCUUCUUUCUUCCCGCUUAACGAUAAAGAGGUUGAUGCGGAACUAAGAAGUACCCCACCUGAGCUGCGAAUCUCUACAGCUCCUCCAGAGACAUCAGGGGCCAGUUUGCUGCUUCUCUGAAUAAAUGCUAACCCUGCCCACCUGGUUAGUCUAGGUAGACAGCCAUGUCAUGUUAGAUUUGCAGUUGUGCCAGGCUCUCUGUUUUCGGACGAUGUAUUGAACAGUGCUCGGUGAAAUGUUCGAAGCAUGGGAUGUUUUCAAACCUAACCUCACUUUAAACUUUAUCCCGGUCCCGUCUGCUGUGUUCAGAUUUGCAUUAGUAAAAAAUUUAAACGCCUUGUAUUAUUUUUCCUUCCGUUUCCCAGCUCUUUUGUGUUGUCCACUCAAAUAAACUUCCAAUAAAAAAAAUACUUAGUUUGUGAUUGUAAUGUUGUAAAAUGUAAAAAGGAUACUUUUUCAAGGCACUGUUUUUGUCAUGGUUUUGAUUUCUGAUUUUAUUAUUUAAGCCUUUUCUAUAAGUUGUGUAAGAAGGGGUUGAAAACCCCCAUGAGGUGUAAGGAAGAAGGAAGGUAUUCAAAAAGCAAUA